AUGGGCGAAUCUGAUCCGAACCUUAACGGAGCAAUUAAGCGCGAUUGCGAUUGGGACAUCCCAGGAACAGGCCGACAAGAUGGGAGAGAACUUUUACCAGGAGGGGACAACCCUGGAGGACAUGUGUCCAUUCGGCACCUGGUUUCUGACGCGCUGGUUUUUUCGUUCAAUACUAGCCAGGGCUGCAGGGCGAUCCCAGGCCUUGGCCCAAUUGAAGGGGAUCAUUGGUUAAAGAGAAUUGAACGGCGAAGUGCCAUUAUUAGAUUCGGAGAACACCGAACGAUUCCCGUGAGACUGGUAGCGGCGCAGCCUGGUCUGUACUUCUGAAGAUCAGGGGCCGCCUCUGUGCGACCUAACUUUCGGCUGCUCUUAUCAGACCCGAAGCCACGAAAUGCCGCUAACUACUCUGAACCCAAGUACUAUAGACGGAGGAUGGAGUUUGGAAUGACGACAUGUGGUACGGAGGAGUUACUGAAGGAAUCCAGAGUUGAUUUCAGGGGGUCCAUGCUCAGCCUCGUCGUUCCCUACUUUGAACGGCUGCAACUGAGACACUGUCCUCGGCCCAGGCCCCUGUGCUGAUGAAGGAAAAUCGUUUGUACAAAAAGGAAAAAAGAAUCUGACCGGCGAAUCUGUUCCAUGUGAAGAUUCGAAAGGAAGCCGGCCGAUCUCUCCUGGAGCUAUUUUGCUCCUAUCUUUGCGGUUGGUCAGAAAAAGAGAUCCCCCCUGGAGUACGAAGCCCUUCGUACUCGUACUCCGUACUCCGUAAGAAGGUCAAUAAAUAGGACCGUGAACAGCCUCGCUCACUUACAAACUUCAUUUCUAGUUAGUUAGCCUAUAUAGAGUUCGCCCUCUCCCUCCCGGA